UCUUUGCGUCUCCAUGGUAACGGGAGGUCGGGCGGCUAGGCGACCGAACCCACUUUGAGAGCAGUAGCCUCUGCUUUCCUGGGACUGGAGUGAAUGUAAUCAAACAGCAUUUAAAAAGUUUGCUGAGAAGUGGAGACAUGAGACUGAAGAUAUCGCUUUUAAAAGAACCGAAGCAUCAAGAAUUAGUAAGCUGUGUGGGCUGGACUACUGCCGAAGAACUGUAUUCAUGUAGUGAUGAUCACCAGAUAGUGAAGUGGAACCUGUUAACCAGUGAAACAAGUCAAAUAGUAAAACUUCCUGAUGAUAUUUACCCAAUAGAUCUUCACUGGUUUCCAAAAAGUUUAGGCGUAAAGAAACAGACUCAAGCAGAAAGUUUUGUCCUCACAAGUUCUGAUGGUAAAUUUCAUCUGAUUUCUAAGUUAGGAAGAGUGGAAAAAAGUGUAGAAGCUCACUGUGGAGCUGUACUCGCAGGAAGAUGGAAUUAUGAAGGGACAGCAUUGGUUACUGUUGGAGAAGAUGGGCAAAUAAAAAUUUGGUCAAAGACUGGAAUGCUAAGAUCAACUUUAGCUCAACAAGGAGCACCAGUGUAUUCAGUAGCUUGGGGCCCUGAUUCAGAAAAAGUUCUUUAUACUGCAGGGAAGCAGCUGAUCAUUAAACCUCUUCAACCAAAUGCUAAAGUUUUACAGUGGAAAGCUCACGAUGGCAUUAUUUUAAAAGUAGAUUGGAACUCAGUCAAUGAUCUUAUUUUAUCUGCUGGGGAAGAUUGUAAAUAUAAGGUUUGGGAUAGUUAUGGGCGCCCUCUGUACAAUUCACAACCUCAUGAGCAUCCUAUUACCUCAGUUGCCUGGGCUCCAGAUGGAGAACUAUUUGCUGUUGGAUCCUUUCAUACUUUACGCUUGUGUGAUAAGACUGGGUGGUCAUAUGCUUUAGAAAAGCCCAACACGGGCAGCAUAUUUAAUAUUGCAUGGUCAAUCGAUGGCACCCAGAUUGCUGGUGCCUGUGGAAAUGGACAAGUUGUUUUUGCACACGUGGUGGAGCAGCAUUGGGAGUGGAAAAACUUUCAAGUAACGUUAACUAAAAGAAGGACCAUGCAGGUUCGUAAUGUUCUUAACGAUGCAGUGGACUUGCUGGAAUUCCGUGAUAGAGUCAUUAAAGCAUCUUUGAACUAUGCACAUUUAGUUGUUUCAACAUCUCUUCAAUGUUAUGUGUUCUCUACGAAGAACUGGAAUACACCACUUAUAUUUGAUCUCAAAGAAGGAACUGUUAGUUUAAUUCUGCAGGCAGAAAGACAUUUUCUUCUUGUAGAUGGUAGUGGUAUCUAUUUAUAUUCUUAUGAAGGGCGUUUCAUUUCUUCUCCAAAGUUUCCUGGAAUGAGAACAGAUAUUUUGAAUGCACAAACUGUGUCUCUGAGUAAUGAUACCAUAGCAAUAAAAGAUAAAGCCGAUGAAAAAAUAAUCUUCCUCUUUGAGGCAUCAACUGGAAAACCAUUAGGUGAUGGAAAACUUCUUUCUCAUAAGAAUGAAAUUUUGGAAAUUGCACUGGAUCAAAAAGGACUUACCAAUGAUAGAAAAAUUGCUUUUAUUGAUAAAAAUAGAGAUCUCUAUAUCACCUCAGUAAAACGGUUUGGGAAGGAAGAACAAAUUAUCAAACUUGGAACAAUGGUGCAUACCUUGGCAUGGAGCGAUACAUGCAAUAUCCUUUGUGGACUUCAGGAUACUCGAUUUACUGUGUGGUAUUACCCCAACACGGUUUAUGUGGACAGAGACAUUUUGCCUAAAACACUAUAUGAGAGGGAUGCAAGUGAAUUUAGUAAAAAUCCUCAUAUUGUGAGUUUUGUUGGAAAUCAAGUAACUAUCAGGAGAUCUGAUGGCUCACUGGUUCACAUCAGCAUAUCACCAUACCCUGCUAUUCUCCAUGAGUAUGUGAGCAGUUCAAAAUGGGAAGACGCUGUGAGACUUUGUCGCUUUGUCAAGGAGCAGACCAUGUGGGCUUGCCUAGCUGCUAUGGCAGUUGCUAAUCGAGAUAUGACUACUGCAGAAAUAGCCUAUGCAGCAAUUGGUGAAAUUGAUAAAGUUCGGUACAUCAAUUCUAUAAAAGAUCUUCCAUCUAAAGAAUCUAAAAUGGCCCACAUAUUAAUGUUUAGUGGGAACAUACAUGAGGCUGAAAUAGUACUACUUCAGGCUGGCCUUGUUUAUCAAGCAAUCCAAAUUAAUAUUGAUCUCUACAACUGGGAAAGAGCACUUGAAUUGGCUGUAAAAUACAAAACACAUGUUGAUACAGUUCUUGCUUACCGUCAAAAGUUUUUGGAGACAUUUGGUAAACAAGAAACUAAUAAACGAUAUUUACAGUAUGCAGAAGGUCUGCAAAUAGACUGGGAGAAAAUCAAAGCCAAAAUUGAGAUGGAAAUUACUAAAGAACGAGAGCGAUCAUCAAGUAGUCAAUCCAGCAAGAAUACUGGUCUGAAGUACUAAAUGUCAUACUCACAUUUAGGAAGCCUUAUCUUUUGAAGCUAAUUCUCAUAAACAUGUUUUUGUUUCUAAGGAAAAAGGCAGAAUCUUUAAAUAUAGGUACUUGCCAUGUAUUUAAUACAUUCAGAAGAUUGAGCACAAAAUAAUUGAUGUAAUUUCAUCUUUUGCAUUUUUCUAGUCCAUUAGUUUAAGUCUUCCCAUAUAGUUCUGAUACUUCCCCAUAGUUUUGCUUAUAUUACAGCUUUGUGUAUAUUAUUUUACCUCUGAAUAUUUAGCAAAAAUAUUAAUGCUGAUAAUAAAACAUUGGACUCAUCAAAAUAUAAGCUAUCAUUAAUACCUAUUUGAUCUCUAAAUCAAAAAUAACCUGAAAGGUUUAUUUAAACAAUAAAGCUACAUGAGAAUGGGUUUAUGAAAAUGUGUAUAUCAAUGCAUAUACCUGUACACCAAUGUUUAUAAUAAUAAUCAUUAUUCCCAUUAACAAAAAAAGGUGGACAGGGGCCUCCCUGGUGGCACAAGGGGUUAAAAUACAGUGCUAUGAAGCUCUCUGCAGCCACUGUAGCACAAGUUUGAUCCCUGGCCAGGGAAGUGACCCACGUGGCGCAGCAGACUUCUCCUGCCUCUCCCGCUGCUCCCCUCAGCAGUGUAUUUCAGUAGAUCUGCCUGUUCUGUUCCCCACUCUGUCUCUAGGGAAUCCUCUCACCCCCUGCAUCUCUGGCCUGCAUCCCAGCUCUUGCAUGCAUAAAUAUAUCUUUAAAAAAAAAAUGUGGACAAGAAUCUUCAUCAACAGGUGGGUAGAUAAACAAAAUGUGGGACAUACAUGCAGUAGAAUAUUAUGUCUUAAAAAGGAAUGUAAUGCUAUUAGCAUGGAUGAACCUUGAAUAUGCUGAGUGAAAUAAUACGGAUACAGUAGUUUGAUAUUGUAUGAUCCCACUUAUAUGAGAGCUCUAGAGUCUGCAAAUUCAUUGAGUCAGAAAGAGAACAGUGGUUACGAAGGGCUGCAGGGAGGUGAAAAUGGGGAUAGAAAUUUCUGUUUGGGUUGAACAAGUUCUGGAAUUUGUGAUAGUUGUACAACAUUGUGAAUGUAUUUAAUGCCACUGAAUUGUACAGUUAAAAUGGUGACUCUUCUAAUGUAUAUUUUGCCAUAAUUUUUAAAAAGUAUCUAGAAUGGCCAAGAAAUACUUUUCUCAUUCCUCUUCUUACUUGGGAAUGCCUGACUUCUCAAGGUAGUAGGUACUGGAGUCUGAAUUUGUGAAUAUCUCCUUAAAUGAUCAACCUGAUGACUAGCCUUAACUCAGUAUAUCUCAAAAUUAUUACCACAGAGUCUAUUAACACUAACACAAAUACUCCUUAAAAAGUUGUCCAUGAGUCCAUUUUUUAGAAAUGGCAAAUUAAAGUGGAUGGCUACAUACUUAUGCAUGGGAAAAGGCCUACCCUCUAAACCCCAUGUUCACUAGCAUAUCUAGGUUUCUUUUAUAAAAAUGUCCCAUUCUUUUCAACAGGAAUGUUGGAAUAUUCUGUUUGUUGCAGGCCACCAGGAUAUGUUCAGUUUGUGAAAUAUGAUUGAGCAAUUACUUGUAAGUUGUAUUUAUAAGUCCAUUUGUAUAUGUUUUCUAUAUUAUAUUUCAAUAAAAAGUUUUAA